AUGGUUGGUGAAGAUGCUGGGAAUGCUGCUCACGAAGAAGUUGGAGCUGUAUUCAUUGUACCCAAACUGCUCAUCAAAGAGCAUAAACGAGUUGUGCUCAAACAGAUUCUACAGAUUUUGGAUCAAGAGGAAUUAGUACAACCCCCACUAGAUGCAUUCCCUUACAGAAAACUGGAAUUGCCAAGGUAUACGGAUGAGUCAAAGACCAGAGAUGCUACGGAUACUUCUUAUAAAAUGCUACAGAUGGAUGCAUAUGGUGAGAAAAAAAUAGGAUUGAACGGUGAACUAUUCGGCGACAGACAUUAUUUGUUUAAUACAUUCACGUUUACCACUCAUAGGAACGUACUUUUGGUGCUUUUGCAGGACGUUAUCAAGGUGCUGUAUCAGGAUGAUGCAAAACAAGACGAAAGCGAGUUUAUUGGUCAGCAUGAUCAAUUCUUGAUAAUGGAGACUACAGGGGAGCAAACGAAUUUUUUAAUCGAAAGUGGCGUCGUUUCCAAAGGGUCGAUUGGACCUUUCAAGUAUAUAACCGCCAAGUCCGCGUUCGUUGAGUUUGGUGCUUCUGUAGUCGUAGGCGGCCAGCGUAUCGUUGAUGAUUACUGGGAAACCUUGGCUAAAAAGCAAAAUUUAUCUUCACACCAAAGGGUCUUCAGAUUAACAACGGAUCUAAUCCUAAAAUUAUCACUCUUACGGCCUUCUUUCCGCGGUAGUAAGAAGAGGAGUGUUGACCAGACUUACGCGGACACUAGUGCUACAAGCUCAGGUACAAUUUCAAGCUCCAAAUUUGAAUCACCGUACCCAGUAGUCACAGAACAACCUUCAGCAGAGGUUAGAGAGGCAUAUAUCGAGAACUUUGCUAAAGGUGAGCAUAUUUCUGCGAUUGUUCCUGGACAAAGCAUUAGUGGGACACUGGAACUGAGUGCCCAAUUUAGAGUGCCGCGUUAUCACAGUAAAAAUUCAUUUCAACAAGCCAUACAAAUGAAGGCAAUGGAUAUACCAAUCGGGAAGCAUGAAGAACUAUUAGCUCAGUAUGAAAGCCAAUCUCCUGUUGGUUCCUCCCUAACUUCGCUACCGAAUAAUAUUCCGUCUGUUAAUCCUAGUAAUAAACCCAUCAAGCGAAUGUUAAGCAGCAUUCUCGAUAUCAACGUCUCGUCAUCAAAAAAUAAGAAAUCUGAGGAGAACGAAAUGAUAAAACCUAUGAACAAGGGCUUACUCAAAAACAACACCUCUUUGAAUAUAAACGGCUGGAAAUUCGAGUCCUUGCCUUUAAGGUCCCCGGACCAGCCAGGUAAGCAGCAGUAUUAUAGAGGAUUGCCGUUAUAUGAGAAAACUACGUUGCUAGAAAGGUUGAAACAACUGACGCCGAACGAAAUUAAAGAAUUAGAGCAUUUACACGACGCCGUUUUUGUUAACACUGGCCUACAAAACGUCAGAAAAGUUAGGACAAAAAAAUGGAAAAAAUACUGGCAGUACAAGGCAGGUAUACCGAUCGGUUUGAAACCCUUCCAAUUGGAUGAAUUCGAGAACCAAUAUUUGAAAGAUGUGUUGGCCCAGACAAGUGUCACUACAACUUUCAAUGAGAUAACAAACACAGAUGAAACAAUAACAACAAAGAGGAUACCGAACGCAAAUUUCUUGGGGAACUGCAAUAUCAGAGAUUUCAAGCCUCCAUACAUUUAUCCCCGUCUGAACAAGUUGCCACCAAAUACUCCUGAAAACAAGGCCGCCAUUAAGCCAGAGCCUGAUGCGAAGAAUAAAAAUUCCAAUUUGAUGACGACGGCCAUCGCGACGAAAUCGGGAACUUUUACCAAUUUCAGUAGCGGAAUAGCUACGGAUAAGUAG